GAGAAUGACAACACGGCCAAGCUGCAGUGGGACGCCGCAUACGACCUCCGGCGCUUUCUGAAACCUGGCGACAUGCCAUCGCUUACCGAGACUACGCCGGCGAUCGCAAAGAGCGGCCAGCAGCUUCGAUUUCUGACAUUCUGUCCGGAUGCAUCAAACAACUACACGAUGCGGGUCACCGCCCUGGAUGCGAACGACGAGCCCAUCGACUACUUCGAGGAUGACGAGAUGAAGUUGACGGCCACCCCUGGCCUACCACCUCCCAAAGGGCAGGUCACCGAGACGACUAUCGUACCGAAGGGUCAGAUCGGGAAAGAAGCGGAACAAGGCGCUGUCAAGGAGCCUGGCUUGGAAGCGGGUGCGAACAUGCAAGAGGGAGAGAAGAAGCCCGACAUGGGGGACAUCACCCGGGAGAUCAUGAAGGGCGAUGAUGAAGGAGUGAGCGCACUGGAUCCCCACCUGAGCUUUCUAGGAUCCCACGCUGUGCCAGCGCUGGAGAUCCUGGAGGACGUCGGAGACCGUGGUCCACUGAGAAGUUAUUGGCAGGGCAUCAACGAACUGCCGCCGUCGUUGCGUGACAGUGGUCCAGACAUGGAAGUUCUCAUGUUGAGAUUAAUUUUCCCCUUAUUUGGCAGUGACCCGGAAGCGGUAAGCACGGUGCUGGGUCCGAAACCGAUCGCAGACACCGGCAGGCUAGAGGUGUCGAACUCGCAUGACCUGCGAGCACCUCUUUCCUCAAUCUUGGACGAUGUUGCAGAGGCACAGCGUGAAGCUAUUUCCACAUCGCGCUACAUCCUGGCUCUUCAGCUAGACGGCCUCAUGAAAGGCCAAAUAUCAGAAGUCGCCCAAAGGCAGCGAGAAUUGAGCAAGCGGGGCUGUCCUGGCUCUCUGAGCAGCCCCGGGCUUGGUGUCGGAGUCGGAGCGGCAGAGGAAGAGGUCAUUCAAUUCGCAAUUCGUUACAACUCGCUGUUAGACAGCUCCAUGGGCCACAUUUGGCCGGCAGUGGCCGAAGCAUUGGACAUAGCGGAGAACGGUGCGGAGGAGAAGGCUUACGAGAAAGCUGUAGCCCGGCUUUCAAUGGCCAUCCGAAGUCUUCUCGACCUCAACGAAGAGAGGCCGGAGCCGCCGCUCAAGCGAGCGCGAUCAGAUGCCGACGCCGAGGCCCAGGCCUCGCCAGGCGACACCUCGGCAGUCGCGGGCCAAAGCUCUCCCGCGGAUUCGAUCGCCCCAGCACGGUGCGUCUGUGUGAUGCUUCUAGGCAUGCGCGGCUCUGGGAAGACUUCCGUCUGCAGUGUCCUCCACGAGGUGAUAGGGGGCAUCCACAUACACUAUGAUGGGAUCAGCGCUUCCUCGACCAAAAGAGGCUCACGCAAGACAUAUGCACGAGAGCUUCGGGCAGCCCUAGCACGCAGCUUGGCCGCCACACGCCGGAAGAAAGGUGAAAAUGCCGAGGCGCAGAAGCCCGUCGCAGAUGGAGACAACCUUCUUCUCAUCGACAGGACCAACAUACUGCGUAGCCAGCGAGCGGACGCCAUCGCUGAGCUCCAGCGACUACGCUGGCAUAAGCGGGGCUGCCGGACGAUGCUGGUGGAAUUCAGCCACCCCAAUGAUGAAAUGGGCUAUGGUCUCGAAGGGCAGCUCUCCAAGCGCUACGGAGAGUCCCACAUCGGAUUGUGCGCCGGACGAAUCGAGCAGCGUGGCUGUGCACACCAUGCUCUGAAGCCUUCCGCCAGACUGCGGACGGUGCUACAAAAGGAGGCCAAAGCCAUGGAGCCCAUAUUGCCUGACGAGCAGCGCCACUUUGAUAGCCAGAUUUCCGUGGAUGUGUCCGCGGCUCCUCCUGAUGUUGCCACAGAGAUUGUGAAGGAUCCGGAAACUGGGGCCAUAGCGGGGUCUUUCUCAGGUGCGCUACACUUCUGA